UUUUUGUUAAUGAACUGAGAGCAGAGCUAGCAACCACGCAAAAUGGGUCGAAAAGAACCCCAACAUCUACAACCUCCGCUCCGCUUACAUUUAUAUUUAUGUAUAAUUUAUUUGUAGCAGGAUUUUCUGUUUGUGGCAGUGAAUUCAAAUUGUUUCCCUCGAUUUCCUUCUUCUGCAACUAGGGCGAUAACAGUCUAGCUUAACGGAAAACAAAAACCGUUUUCCGUCCAAUAAUAAACUAGUGAUGGCUAUGGCUGUGGUUGGCUUGCCAUCACUGUCAAUUCUGUCAAGUUCUCAUAAUUAUUACAAGUUUGAAUUCCUGCAAUCUUCAGUUGGGUUGAGCAAGUUUGACUCGAAUUCGAGGCGAUUCAAAUUUGUAGUUUUUGCGAAUUCGGCAGAGAAGGAUUCUUACACGGGGGCAGAAAAUGAAACUUUUGGAAAGAAAAAGAAAAAAGUUGAUACCCGUAUUCAUUGGGAUAAUCCUGAUGAGGGCUGGAUUGGUGUAGAUGACAAUAACUCAGGGGAUUCAAAGGAAGUCAAGUUUGGGGAUUCUUUAAGCGACCUUUUAUUAGAGGCGGAAAAUUCACAUUAUCAGUUUUUAGGAGUGGCACCAAAUGCAGAUCUAGAAGAGAUCAAGGCAGCAUACAGGCGCCUCUCCAAGGAGUAUCACCCAGAUAGCACUUCAUUGCCACUUGAAACAGCUUCAAUGAAAUUUAUGCGUCUUAGGGAGGCCUAUGAUGUGUUGAGCAGGGAUGAAGCACGCCAGUUCUAUGAUUGGAGCCUUGCACGGGAGUCUUCUGGCCGUAAAGUAGGAGGAAAAUUUAAACAAGAACUGGCAUUUGAUCUUUCUCCAAAAGUUCCUUAUAAGUCAAAACCGGACUUGGUAGAUCGUCUUGGGGGGAAGAACAUGAAGCUGAAUGAUCAAGCAUUAACUGCUCUUACAUUUGAUGUUGUAGCAAUUCUGUUCGCAAUUGCAUCAAUGAUAUAUGCAGCGUACUUUAAGAAUGGGUGAAAACAACCCAUUAUUUAUCAGUUAUUACAUUGCCUGGAAAUUUGAGAGGCCUGUAAACAUCAUUUGGUUGUCUAUCCCCGCCUUCUUGUUAUGAACACUCGUGGAAAAAUCUGAAGCUCAACUUUGAUAAAUAUGCUUGUAAUUCAAUGUACUAUAGUCGUACCGUGCCUUUUAUGAUGUACAGAAGGUUCUGAUAGAGAUACAGAAAAUUUUGACAAGGAAAAUUUUCCACUUUCAGAAUAAAUGUCAUUCUUAGAUUGGAUGGUUGGGUGAUUUGCUAUGAAAAAUGAUCGAAAAUUGAUCUCUGAGCGAUGCUCAAAUGAUGAUUCUCAAGAAAGCCUGUAAAUUUUCAUUGAAACACAUCGACAGGAAUAUGUGAUCCAUCAGUUUGAAUUC